GUGCAGUGUAAGGGUUUUAGGAGGAAGAAGAAGCAAAUCGCAAGCUCUAAAACCCUAAAUUCAGGUGAUUCAUGGAACUUAAAACCCUAUGUUGCGCUCUUCCCUCUCAACCCCUUCGUUCUCAAACAAUUGGAAUCCAUAGCCCCUUCAAGUAUCAGAGACAGAGAUUUGGGUUUGGAAACUCCUCUAAAUGUUUGAAAUGGGUGAUUAAAGAGCCUUCUUUGUUUGGAUUGAGCAAAUUUCAAAGGCCUAUAGUUCAUGCUUCUGAGUCUAGUGUAAAUGGUAGCUUGGAAGUUCAUCCGGGCGAAAGUUCGAGUGUGCCUGUUGUUGAUGUAAAUGGUGGCUUGGAAGUUCUUCCAAGCCGAAGUUCUGGUGUGCCGGUUGAUGCGUAUAAUGGGGUGGAGCCGUUUCGUGGUAAAUCGGGUUCGGUUUCAUUCUGUGGGUUGACACACCAGCUGGUUGAAGAAGGGAAAUUGGAAUCUGCUCCUUUUAAUGAAGAGGAGAGCUCUUACUUCUGGCUCUUAGGUCCUGCUGCAUUCCUGUCAUGUUUGAUUCUGCCGCAGUUCUUUGUUGGCAAUGUGGUUGAGGCUUUCUUUAAUGAUAUGAUUUUAGUAGAUAUUGUGAGUUCAUUUACUUUUGAGGCACUGUUCUACAUUGGACUUGCAACAUUUUUGCAUGUGGUUGAUCGUGUCCAGAAGCCGUAUUUGCAGUUUAGCUCAAAAAGAUGGGGUCUCAUCACUGGCCUCAGAGGAUACCUAUCCUCUGCAUUCCUCACAAUGGGUUUGAAGGUCGUUGUUCCUCUCCUUCUUUUGUACGCAGCCUGGUCCGUUGCUCGCCUGGCCGUAAUUGUUGCUGUAGCUCCUUUUUUAGCUGGUUGUGUUAUUCAAUUUGCAUUCGAGAAAUAUUUGGACAAGCGUGGUUCAGCUUGUUGGCCUCUAGUCCCGAUAAUAUUUGAGGUAUACAGACUAUAUCAACUUACAAAAGCUGCUCAUUUUGUUGAGAGGUUGAUGUUCUCUUUGAAAGGGCUUCCUGCCACCCCUGAAAUACUAGAACGAAGUGGAGCUUUGUUUGCAAUGAUAGUGAGCUUCCAAGUACUGGGAAUUGUGUGCCUUUGGUCAUUGAUGACAUUUCUCGUGAGGCUGUUCCCUUCUAGGCCAGUAGCAGAUCAUUACUGAGUUUAACAGGGAUCGGGGAAGGGUGUUGUAUAUAGUUGAAUGGAAUCUGUAAGAGUUGAGCAUUAUUAUUUGAUUAUUUUCGAUGUAGGUUUUUCAUAAAAAAAAAAAUUUCGCUGUAAUAUUUGUUUUAAUUUCUUCAGAGUUCAGAGUAAUAUCAUUCAUUUACCAAGAAAAAGAAAAUUAAGGGUUUAGUCUCUGUAAU